AUUAGGUUGGUGAAUAGGUUAGUAAUAUGUAACGAGGUAUUUAAUUCUUCAGGCUGGAACCUUUGGAAUUGUAUCACUGUUUUCUACGACACAUUUGACCGUCGGACAAAUUUAAUCACAGGCGCAAUCCAGCUAGCCAGUAGCAAGCUCAUUCACCUGAUUUGGAGAUUAAAGCCCAGUGUAGCUUAUUCUCGGUCAGUAUAUUGAAAUAGUAAUGGACACGUGGCGUCAACUGAAGCCACUGGAGUGGUGUAAAUAUGUCAACAAAGAGGUCAAAGUGACAGCGCACGAGAAACAACAACAUCAUGGUUGGGUUUUUACCGUUGAUCCAGUAUCUGCCAGUAUAGUCCUAGUGACCUUUCAGGAGAAAGGAGGCACACCGACGGUCCGAGUUGUGACAGGCCAUGCAGUGCAGGAAGUAGAGGUCCUCCAGGAGGGCAAUGAAGAAACGGCGGGGCGGCUGAGGGUCAUUUUCACACCCCCAGGAGCCCACGCCCUUGGCCCGGAAGAAGUGAGGCACAGGAAAGAGCACCUCCGCCUGUGGCUGGAAAAGAACCGCAUCCCCGUGGAAGAGAAAGGCGAGAUGCUGUGCGUGGCCAACGUGCUGACAGUGAGCGCCCCUUACGGAGCGGAAGACUGUAGCAGCUCCAACGAGAUCAUCCUGGCCCGAGUGCAGAGCCUGGUGGAGAGCAACCCUGAUUCAACUCCAGACCAGCCUGCCAACUCCUGAUGAAGGAUUCACUUUGACAUAUAGGGAUAGUUUACCAAACACAGAUCAGGCUCAGCCUAGUCCUGGAAUAAAAUACAUUGUUUAUUUUCUUGAUCUCCAUUGAAAUAGCUUUUCAGUUCAGGACUAAGCUUAAUCUGUGUCAGGGAAACCAACUCAUAGUGGAUGUCAAUAGUCUAAAAUGGUCUCGUCUCCUUCAUCUGCCUCUAUGUGGGGAAAAAUAUGGACUGGGAAUUGGGUCUUGGCCAUGUGUCUUUCACCUAUCCUACGUUUUUAGAUAAGUGAAGGUCGAGGAGAGGAGGAGGGAAAGCCACUCUCGACUGUUGGGAUGAACUGAGAGACACUUAAAAUGCUUUGGAUUGUUGAUGGUUCAAAUGUUACUAUAAUCAUAUUAAACAAUGGACAUUGCUAUCACAAAGCAAACAGUUGGAAACAUUUCGAAAUGUGACUUUUUGUUUCUAAAGAUACCGUUUUUGUAAUAUACUUUUGCAAUUAAACGUGCACUGUUACUUACAAACCAAUAGUUGCAUCUGUCCCGCUACACUUAAAUAUCUAUAAAAAAAGACCAAUAAAAUACCUGUGCCUAUAAAA